UACGGCAUGAAAUACAGUAAUCAUGUUUUGAAUUUCAGUUUUUCCUGUUCUGCGAUUGUCACUUGAUCCGGCAAAGUAAGGCCGCUCCGGGGCACUCCAUCCCAAUCGGCCCAUAGGGACCUUCUCCUAACGAGAAUUUAUCCAUCAAAGACUAAACCUCCUAUUUGUCAUGGAAUCGCAAAAUAAGCGGAGGCGGGUGGCACAUCACUCAUAUAUCGAGUCUCCCAAUACCAGGUUCAAUAGAGACGACAAUGCACGACCAAGACCCUCUAGCAACCUGCGUCCAAGUUCGCAAGAUAUACAGAGACCAAGGCCAGGUGCUGUCAAUAGAGAUGGGGCCUAUCGGGUUGAUAGCGGGCUAUUUGAGCAAUCCAUCGAUGACGACCUUGAACAAGUUAUAGUGGCAGUGGAUAUGAAAGACUCGGGAACUGUCGGCUGUUCCUACUAUUCUGCACAGGAAGAGAGACUCUACCUACUGGGGGAUCUACGAUAUUCCAGUGCAGAGAUCAUUGACAGCUUGGUCCUGCAGACUAAGCCUACGGUGCUCUUGAUCUCACCUCGGAUUGAUCCCAAUAACCUCCAAGAAAGACCAUGGGCUGGACAAGACAGCGACACACACUAUCUUCCUUACCAGCUGGAUAUACGCCCAUCGCAGGAAUUCAACUACUCAAAUGCGAAAAACAAACUAGUGGCCUUGGAGAUCUCCUCAAGACAUGAGCAACGUAUCAAAUUCUUAGUACCACAUAACGGAUUGGUUGAUGGUGAACAAUUAGAUGCUGAAAAUCUGGAUCUCACAUCGCAAGAAGGCAAGCUUCUGCACAUAUCAAGCUCGAUCGAGAUGGAGAACACAGUGACGAUAGGAUGUGCCGGUGUUGUCCUCGCUUGCCUACAAAGGCGUCGAGCUUCAAUGUCAACGUCUAACGGCAGUGUCUCAGGAGCAUUCCGAGUAGCAUCUGUGGAAAUGUUCAGUCUGUGUGGGACUAUGUUCGUCAAUGGUAGGACUUUACUGUCACUUCAAAUCAUGGAAUCCGAAUCUCAUCCUAGUAUGGUAAAUCAGGGGCCAGGGAGAAAGUCUUCUUCAUCAAAAGAAGGCCUUUCGAUUUAUGGCCUCUUCCAGCGCUUUUCAUAUACCCCCCAAGGAAGAAACCGACUAAAGCAGAUGUUUCUUCGUCCCAGUGUGGAACUUGAGGUUAUCCACGAGCGACAUUCUUUCGUCAGCAUAUAUCUUAGGGCUGACAAUUAUAACCCAUUGGAAAAGAUGGUCAAGGGCUUGAAGCAUAUCAAGAACCUCCACCAUGUAAUGAUCAACCUUCGAAAGGGAAUCAGCACCGGAAGCGGAAAGAUCAUGGGCUUCAAGACAACAGUAUGGGCUACUUUGCUGGCCUUUGCCUUCUAUGGAAUUGACAUUCACGACGCCCUGAGGGAGACCUCGGGUGGAAGCCUUCUGGCUCUACAUAGCAAGGCACUCCGUGCCUUUGAAGCAGCUCAGUUAUACAAAGUCGACAUCGAUAGCUCUGAGGAGCAGGGCAGAGCUGUUGUUAAGCCAGGGAUAGACCGAGAGCUGGAUCGGAUGAAAGAUAACUAUGACGGUUUGAAUAGCCUUCUGAAACAGGUUGCGAUAGAAAUUGCAACAACUAUCCCGGAAAGCUACGAUAUUGACGUAAACGUUAUUUACUUCCCUCAACUUGGUUUCAACAUAGCUAUUCCACUCAAUGAGGGGGGUGACCCUGCUUACAGGGGUGCUGAAGAUGACUGGGAACUUAUGUUCCUUACGGAGAACAGAGCAUACUUUAAGGACUUCAGAAUGAGGGAGAUGGACGGCAAAUUGGGUGAUAUCUAUGGGCUGAUAUGUGAGAAGGAGAUCGAAAUUGUUUACGAUCUCGCACAAAGAGUGCUUCAAUACGAGAAAGUUCUCCUCGAAGCAUCUGAUGUAUGUGGGCAUAUAGACAGUCUUCUUGCAAUGGUCCAAGCUGCAAGUCUAUACAAGCUGGUACGUCCCAAGAUGGUGGAGGAAGAUAUUAUUAGAAUCAGGGGUGGAAGACACAUUCUACAAGAACUUACGGUCUCAUCUUAUGUGCCCAAUGAUACCUUUCUUAUUAGCAAAGGAGUGCGAAAGGAGGCAACGGAAAUUCGUCGUUGUGCAACAGGAGGAAGCGAAAGGGGCUGUUUUCCGAGCAUGUUGCUGCUAACCGGGCCAAAUUAUUCUGGAAAGAGUGUUUAUAUGAAGCAGGUCGCUCUUAUUGCCUACCUGGCACAGGUGGGAAGCUUCGUCCCAGCUGAGAGUGCAGAACUUGGGAUCAUCGACAAGAUCCUGGUCAAAACGAAUACUCAAGACAGCGUCUCCCAGAUCCAGAGCACCUUCAUGAACGAUUUGCAGCAAAUAUCCUUCGAUCUAAAGCAGAUGACCGGCCAUAGCUUGCUGCUGAUAGAUGAAUUCGGCAAGGGCACCAACGAGAACGAUGGCAUCGGACUAGCAUGCGGUGUUCUAGAACACCUCCUCAACCUCGAGGAUCCACCCAAAGUCAUCGCCGCAACUCAUUUCCAUGAAAUUCUCGAGAACGGAUUUCUCAAACCUAGGCCACAAUUACAACUCGGCCACAAGUUCGCCUUCCGUCUAGGACGAAGCGAUCAAAGCUUCGGAACAAUAUGUGCUGCGAUGAACGGUAUCAGUCAAACCAUUGUUGAUCGGGCAGACGAGAUCGCUUCUCUUUCUGCGCGGGGUGAAAAUUUAAUUGCUGCUUGCGCUAUGCUCUCGGCUGAAGAGACGCAGGCUCUGGAAGAUGCGGACAAGUUAGCGAGAAAGUUUUUGUGGUUAGAUCUCUCUAGGGCGGAUAAGACGAACGGCACAAGGGAUGCGUUGGAGAAGCUGUUUGAUGGUGUCGGUGCGGGUUCCUAG